CUAGACGCAUGCGCACUAGGAACUGUCAGUCUUCGUCCGCGCAGGCGCCUUAAGCAGUUUGUUUAUUAUUAGUGCGCGGAACGAAUAUGGCGGCGUCCUCCCUAGAACAGAAACUCUCCCGUCUGGAGGCGAAAUUGAAGCAGGAGAAUAGGGAGGCACGGAGAAGAAUCGAGCUUGAGAUCAGCCCUCAGCGGCCACGGCCCACCUUACAGCUCCCUCUCGCCAAUGAUGGACAUUCACGUUCAGACGCCCCUUCCCACCAUCACUCUCCCCUGACAGUGCGGCCGAGAACCUUCCUGAGUUUGCCGCAGACCAACUACCUGACGCAGCGCAGCAUGGAGAGCAUUGAAAUUGACCAGAAGCUUCAGGAAAUUAUCAAGCAGACUGGGUAUUUAGUUAUUGAUGGGCAGAAGUACCCAGCAGAUAUCAAUGACCUGGAGAACCUGGGGGAGAUUGGCAGCGGCACUUGUGGCCAGGUCUGGAAAAUGAGGUUUAAGAAGACGGGGCACGUCAUCGCAGUUAAGCAAAUGCGUCGUUCUGGAAACAAGGAGGAGAACAAGAGAAUUCUGAUGGAUUUGGAUGUUGUACUAAAGAGCCAUGACUGUCCGUACAUUGUGCAGUGCUAUGGUACCUUCAUCACAAAUACUGAUGUGUUCAUUGCAAUGGAGUUAAUGGGGACCUGCGCUGAAAAACUGAAGAAGAGGAUUCAGGGGCCCAUCCCAGAGGCCAUCUUGGGAAAGAUGACUGUGGCUAUAGUUAAUGCUUUGUAUUAUCUGAAAGAGAAACAUGGUGUUAUACACAGAGAUGUUAAACCCUCUAACAUCCUGCUCGAUGCCAAUGGGCAGAUCAAACUGUGUGACUUUGGAAUCAGUGGGCGCCUUGUGGACUCAAAGGCAAAGACAAGGAGUGCCGGCUGUGCUGCUUAUAUGGCGCCUGAGCGAAUUGACCCUCCCGACCCAACCAAACCAGACUACGACAUCCGCGCAGAUGUAUGGAGUUUGGGGAUCUCCCUGGUGGAGUUGGCCACCGGACAGUUUCCCUACAAAAACUGUAAGACUGAUUUUGAGGUUCUCACCAAAGUUCUCCAAGAAGAGCCACCCGUACUCCCCCACAAUAUGGGCUUCUCCCCAUUAUUUCAGUCAUUUGUUAAGGACUGUCUUACUAAAGAUCACAGAAAGAGGCCAAAGUACAAUAAGCUGCUGGAGCACCCAUUCCUGCGUCGUUAUGAGACAACUGAAGUAGAUGUUGCCUUGUGGUUUCAGGAGAUCAUGGCUAGGACAGAAUCCCCCAGGAGCAGCACACUCCUCAGCCCCCAAAACCUGACAUUUUUUAGCAGGUAGCAUCUAGCAUGGGAGGGGAGGACAGCCCCCUCCCCCAGCCAUACCUGGAGACCUGGCUUUCUGAGACUUAAUGGUGAAAGAUCGUGCUGUGUGGGCUGACUGACCAUAUCCUGAAAAAGGAUGUCUGCUCCUCCUGCCUCACGAGGUCUUCAGUUGAUAUGCUCCCACUUUUAUUCUGUCCUGAUAUUCUACUAUGUGAUGGGGUUCCUCCCAUUUUAUUAUAAAGCAUCGUUAUUGAGAUAUUCAUCAUCUAUCGGAGUAACAACGGCUCAUUUACUGCCCUCUUUUUAGAGACUCUGCAUCAGAGUUGGAGGUUGGACCCUAUUUAUCUUUGCCCAUGUGAAAUUGUGCCUGAGGGUGAGAUUCAGUGGAGCUUACUGGCUUCCCUGCAGCGGAGACCCAAGCGGCUGUUGUCACGUGACUGUCGGAGGCCCUUGCCUUUUGUUUCUGUACUUGGACAGAAUUGUAUGUGUUCCGUUGAGCCAAACAAACCAUAUUUACCCCCUUUGGCUCAAAAUAGUAUCGAUAAACUUUAGAAAUCUUAGUAGAUGGAGUUGCUAUGUCUUCACACCUUGGUCCCCAACACCAGCACAUCCUUCCAGCUGAAAAGCACAUCAACAAGAGCAGAGGGUUGUCUUCAAGAGAGACAUGGAGAUGGCUGGUUGCUCUCAUAAUAUGAGGAGCAGAGCAUUCUGAGCACCCAUGGAGGAGCGUAUUUAUGGGAAAGCCAAGUCAAAAUGCACCUGUCUUUGCACUAAUGAACCUCACGUGGAGAAGAGAGAGGCUUUCCAACUAGAAAAUCACAGUCCAAAUGAUACUCCUAUAGAGUUUUAUAUGUGUUUGUGAACACGGGUGUUUCCUUUUUUUAAAAUCAAAAUUUAAACUAAGAAAGCUCAACUAUUGCGGGACAUAGUAAUGCCUGACCACCAACAUCUAGGGUGAAGGCUCAAUGUACACAUACACUCAGUGGGGUAAAGGACUUUGAGAAAGGCAUACUGAUCAUGGAAACUGGUUUUGGAGUUGCCAGUUUUAUAAGAUGUAUUCCUGGCACCAUUAUUGGAUAAUGGGCACAAGGAAAGAGAGUGGGAUAUGACUCUCUGCAGUUCCGUGCCACCACCUGGAGAUCCUAAACCUGAGUAUAGACAUGGAAUGGAAAGAAGCGGAACAUGGGUUCACCUGUGCUACAGUGUGGCUAGUAAUGUCUUAUCAUGAAGUCCAAUGCACAAACGGGCAAGGUGCCAGUAGCCGGUAUGGCGGAGAGACAGCGGCAAGACCAAGCAAGUGAAUGAGCGAACAAAGGAACAGCACUGUUCUGUCUGGCUGGUGCUAAUGAAGGGAAAGCACGUGUAAGUGGGAGGGGGAAGUUGAGCGAUACCGCUGCGAGAGACAGAGUUAGAUCAUAUGGAAAUAUGGUGCCGGACGAUAUUUACUGAGGUUCUCGGCAGUGGAUCACACGAGAGAUGCUCUCAAGGAGUCUCUUCCAGGGGAGCAGUGAUGGAGUGAUGCUGCAGGGCUGGUUAUAAGUGUGACUAUAGAUGCAGUUUUAAUGCAUUAUCCGUUAAUUAAAUGUCAGAUCAAUAUGUGACUGCCCCCUUCCUGUGUGGGAGGUGGUGCUAGGGUUGGUAACGCGGGUGGGAGGGCUCAACAAGACUGUACCAAAGCUAAAUGGUGGAAAAAGGGGAGGGGGUGGUUUACAAGGGGGAUUUCCCACCGGUUUUAAUGUCUGUAAUUAUAUUGAUGCAGCAGAUACUGCUAGUCCGCGUUGGAGUGUGGGUGUGUGUGUAUGUGUGUGUGUGUGUAUUUUAUUUUCUCCUCUCCUGCUUUAUUAUAUCCUCUCUACUAUUCCUGUUGCAUGGUGUCCGGAUGACUCCUCUGCGGAUGGGGUCUCAUUUGAAAUAAACUCUGCUACAACAUUC